AUGGACCUGAUCAGCGUGUCCACGGUACCCAAUGUGACCCUCAACCGUCGGGGUUACUGUAUCACGGGAUCACUUUUGCUUCUGACUUUCCAUCUAGUAUUCAGAUUUGUACCUCCCUCAGCAUCUACAUCUACAACCCCAGCACAGAACGUCCAGCCUCGCGAAAUCUGGAUCGCUUACCCCGUCAUCGACCGCAUAUCCAAAGCCCGCGGCUCUUCUCUUAUUGCUGCCAAUGCUACUAAUAAUAAUGCUUCUAUUAUUGAACGAAUCGCAUCACCUUCUUCAGAAAGAACUACCAAGACCAACACCAACAAUAUAACAGCAACGGCUCUCACCAAUUACGACUUAUACUCAGCAUCACAUAUCCGAUUGCAAUGCAAAGACUUCACAUACUACUCAUUCGACUUUGUCAAUGACUCAGUCAGCACAGAAGUUUUCUCCAACCUCAGCUCAUUGAUCACAGUGUCACGCACUGAAAAUGAUAUCAAGUCACUAUAUGCCUACGAGUACCGGCCCAACAUGUUUGAGCAGAAGCUCGAGUUGAAGGGUUGGGACAUCUACGACCCCAUCAAUGAAUUCACAAGACAAGGCUUGCUUCGAGAAAAUGACGAUUACUGGAGAAUGUCUCGUGUUAACGAAGAUUACAGAUUCUGUCCCUCAUAUCCCAAAUUGCUUGUAGUCCCUAGCACCAUUUCUGAUAACGUGCUAAAGCAUGCUGGAAAGUUCCGCUCGAAGCAGCGGAUCCCGGCCAUCGUAUAUAGACACCGUGGUGGAGUCAAUGGCAAUGUAAUCGCCAGGUGUGCUCAGCCACUCGUAGGACUAAAUCUUCAGAACAGAUCUAUCCAAGACGAAAAGUUGAUAAGCGAAAUCUUCCACUCUCAAGAUCGAGAAAGGGCUGACAACCUAUCGCAGGAUGACGAAUUUCAGAGCCAGCCACAGCGUAAUCUUCUAGUAGAUUUAAGGCCGAUUACUAACGCCAUGGCCCAGCACGCUUUGGGAGCAGGAACCGAAAACAUCGAUAAUUAUCGCGGAAGGCUUGCAAAAUCAAAUUCCACUCCUGAUCAUGAGUCGGACUAUCAAGAACACCAACGCAGUUUGCGACAGGUGAACAAGAUCUUCUGUAACAUCGACAAUAUUCAUGUCAUGAGAGAUUCGUUGAACAAGUUAAAUUCGAUUCUUAACGACUUGGAUAGAUUCCCAGUCUCUUCAAAUGCCCAACAGACCCAGAGUUCGUAUCCUUUACUUCAGCAGGCAUUGACGAAGACCCAGUGGCUCCAUAGAUUGUCCAUCAUCUUGCAGUCCGUAGAUAGAAUCGCAAAGUCUGUUCAUUUGAACAACACUAAUGUCAUAAUCCAUUGCUCAGAUGGCUGGGACCGCACGUCCCAGGUGUCUGCUUUACUGCAGCUAUGCCUUGAUCCAUACUAUAGAACAAUGAAGGGAUUCAUGGUACUUAUAGAGAAAGAAUGGGUUAGUUUUGGCUUCAAAUUUGCUACCAGAGGCGACCAUGGAGGCUGCAUAGGUGCCAUUAUCAAGAAGGAACCAAAAUUGACUCUGACUCCUUCACUGGAACCACUGAAAGGAUACGUUUCUGAGACAUCUCUGGAAGCUUCUGAGAUCAUUGAAGUGUCGUCUGGUUCCAAUGGCGGUUUAUCAGGAAAGAAUAUUGCGUCGUUCUUACUGAGAGCUGCCAAUCAUAUCAAAACAACAGCCCAGAAUUCCAUUUCUCCACUCAAUUCAGAUGCCGAAAAUGGCGAAAAUGGCAAGUAUGGUGCAGCCAGCUCGGUGUACACUGGCAGCAGCGAGAAAUCACCAAUUUUCCACCAGUUCCUUGAUUGUGUAUAUCAGAUAUAUCGUCAGCAUCCCUCCAAGUUUGAGUUCAACAGUCGAUUCUUGAAGAGACUCUUCUACCAUUACUAUUCUUGUCAGUACGGUUCUUUCUUGUGUGAUUCUGAACGUGAACUCUUAGAUAUUCACAAGGUGCCUGAGUCUACAGUUUCUGUUUGGGACUACUUCAAUUCUAGACCAGCUGAGUUCACCAACAGACUAUACGAUGGAGAUGUAGAGACAGACGAUGGUGCGAUUUUCUUCAACUUUGCCGAUGUCAAAUGGUGGUUCGAGUUGUACGGCAGAUCUGACGAAGAAAUGAAUGGAUUGUCCAACUCUUUGGACCGGAAGUUUGCCCAAAUGAAACUCAACCAAAUUGGUGGAAACAGUAUUGCCUCGGCCAACAGCGACAGUAACACUUCCAUUGAAUAGCUAGAUAUAUAGCCUACAGACAACCCUAAUGACUUACGUAUUCAUAGAUCAUAAUGAUUAAUAUAAGAUAGAAAUG